GUGGAAACGGGAGUCCGGUCGGGCACCGCCGCACGUUUCUGCACCGCGCCGGAGUGAAUAAUUGAUCCUCGCCUCGGUUAAAUAUAUUGAUACGGAGCAAGUGGUUCGCGAGCCGAUCCCGCAGUCACUUUUUUGGGGAUUUUACAGUCUUAGGUCCAACGCAUUUCUUCCCUCUUCUGCUCCACCGAAGAAAAGUUUGCCCGCAGAUGGAAAUAACCUCUCAGUGCACACCUAGCGCACCUCAUUCCGGGGCUCUCCCAACAUGGACCCGGAGUCGCUGAGACGGUGAAGACGGCCGGUGUUAAAUGCUUGUUGCAAGGUUUCCCACAACACAGUGACUGCUCAUAUAACUGCUGUUUGUUCAGUGACUGUGUGAACCAUUUGCAGACUGUUCACCAUGGCAUCUAGUCUGACAUGUACGGGGGUUAUCUGGGCUCUGCUGUCCCUGCUGUGUGCUGCUGCCUCCUGUGUUGGCUUCUUCAUGCCCUACUGGCUGCUGGGCACACAGAUGGACAAGCCUGUGUCCUUUGGCACGUUUCGGCGGUGCUCCUACCCGGUGAGGGAUGAAGAGAGGCAGGCCACGGUGAUGCUGGAGCAGUGUGGGCGCUACGCUUCCUUCAACGGCAUCCCGAGUCUGGAGUGGAGGAUCUGCACGGUGGUGACGGGCGUGGGAUGCGGCCUGCUCCUGCUGGUGGCGCUCACCGCUCUCAUGGGCUGUUGCAUCUCUGACCUCAUCUCACGUACUAUUGGCCGUGUGGCCGGUGGCAUCCAGUUUGUUGGAGGUCUGCUCAUAGGAUCGGGCUGUGCACUCUAUCCGCUGGGAUGGGACAGUGAGGAAGUACAACAGACCUGCAACAACAGCUCGGACCAGUUUCAACUAGGUUCCUGCCAGAUCGGCUGGGCAUAUUACUGCACAGGGGCGGGGGCGGCAGCUGCCAUGCUGCUCUGCACUUGGCUGUCCUGUUUCGCAGGGAAGAAGCAGAAGCAGUACCCGUACUGAGGAGAGAGAGAGAGAGCAUCAGAGAGACGGGGACAGGCAGAGACCUCAGGCGGUACGACAAAAGGGAGAGGGCUCUGACUCUGUGGACUCACAGCCGUACAGCACACCAGGCACCAAAGACACCAAGUCAUUGUGGUGCACUGCACAUCAUGGGACACUACUCAUCUGACGACUGCAGGGACUGUUUCAUAAUACAGCACACACACACACACACACACACACACACAUGGCUUUGAAAAGUGUUUCUUCUCUUAAAAUCUGUUCUUAAAAGAAAAAUAUAUGGACCAAUCUUGUUUGUAAAAUUGUUACAUAACUAUUUCUUUACCGAAAAGAGCAUUCUCUUUUCUUGUUUUUUUUUUUUUUUGUCUUCCUCUCCUUCGGUCAUUGAUGUUUAUGUGAUAGCGUGCCCUGUGAUUAAGAGAAAAGUAAUAUUGCUUCAGUGUUACGUGAAGUGUUUCUGUCUCCUCUUCAUAUCUCAUCCUUGCCUUAAUCACAAACUAAAAUGCAAUAAUCCCUAUAAUGUAAAGCAAUCCAACACUGGCUGCCUGCUUCCUCAACUCAGUCUUUUCAGAUUCCAAAAAUCUAAGCAUAGUUUAUUUAACAUAUUCAUGAGAUAUAUGUUCUGUAUGAUAAUGUAUUUUAUCAUAUUAGCACAUGUUUUGUAUUCACUGUUCAG